AGUUGAGACGAACGCUUGUUUUUGGGGUUUGUGGUUUAUCACGCGGCGGAAGCUAGCCAACGCUACCGUUAGCUAACGUCAAUAGCGUUAGCGUCCCAAGCCAAUUUACGUUAGAGUGAAACGCCACAUCCACCCGUGCAGUGGAAGCUAAUGCUAAACUGACUGGUGCUUUGUUAUGUGUGAAGUUUUACCAUCCAUUUAAGCUAUUUCAUAUUGUUUGCUCUACUGGAAGGUGAAAGUACACGUUUUCAUUAAGACAAACCUGGUACGCGUGGUGUGUGUGGAGCAGGGAGGGGGAUUGCGAGCCAUGGAGCGCGUCAUGGGAGGAGGAAUGCUGCCGCUGGUUCUAGCAAGUGUGGGGGUCUUGCUGUUGUACCGAAUACUUGUCCGCCUUAGACCAGGAGCUGCUUUGCAGGAUGCUGUGGUGGUCAUCACAGGGGCCAGCUCUGGACUGGGGAAAGAGUGUGCACGGGUCUUCCACGCUGCAGGUGCACGGCUUGUGCUGUGUGGUCGAGAUGCAGCCCGCCUGCAGCAGCUGGUCCAGGAGCUCACAGCAAGUUCAACAUCCACACUGCGGCAGACUUACACUCCCAACACUGUUAUCUUCGACCUGGCUGUGAAAGACACAGUGGACAGAGCUGCUGAGGAGAUCCUGAAAUGUUACGGACAAGUGGAUGUCCUCAUCAAUAAUGCCGGAAUCAGUUACCGAGGCGACAUACUGGAUACCCAUCUUUCAGUUCAACGGGAUGUGAUGGAAACAAAUUACUUUGGGCCCAUUGCGCUUACUCAGGCUCUCCUGCCCUCCAUGGUUCGCCGGCGUAGCGGCCACAUUGUGGUCAUUAGCAGUGUCCAGGGCAAGAUAGCCAUUCCUUACAGAUCAGCUUAUGCCGCCUCUAAGCACGCCACCCAGGCCUACUUCGACUGCUUACGGGCUGAGAUCGAGCGCUACGGGAUUCCAGUGACCGUUAUCAGUCCUGGGUACAUCCGAACCAACCUGUCUCUCAGCGCUGUCACAGGGGACGGCUCCAAGUAUGGAGUUUUGGACAAAACCACAGCUAUGGGUUGGGAUCCCAGGGACAUGGCUCAGGCAGUUCUGAAGGCUGUCCGUCAGAGGAGCAAAGAUGUUGUUUUGGCAGGGACUCUGCCCACCGUGGCCAUCUACCUGCGCACACUGUGGCCCGCACUCUUCUUCAAACUCAUGUCCUUGCGUGCUCGCAAAGGGCAGAAACCCAAAGACGAAUGAGGGCUGAUGGGGCGUCAGGUGGAGACCAGCAGCUCCCCAACACAGUUCGAGUCGGAUCAACCAAAACAUGAAACUGACUGCACCACUUGGAGGCCAAAUGGACAGGAGAUGCAAAUAGACGCAGGUCUUCAGUAACACAGUUUGCAGUGAAAGUAGUAGAGCAUCUGAAAUAAACCAAAAACCUGCAGUCACUGUAUGCUGUAACAGGACCUAUAGGGAGUCUUUUUUCUUUUGUUUAGGUUGACUUUGCUUGUUCAGCCAUUUCAGGAAUUAACUUUGUGAUCAGAAUCACUGCUUAAAAGCAGAAUUGUAAAUCUAUUAUUGACGACUGAAAAGCUCUCCUGUGAAGACGUUGUGAUCAUGUGAUGCUGUUUUUCGAUUUGACUCCGUGACAUGGUCUUUACAUGACCAGGGAUUUUGGUUUACAGAUAAAAUGCUCCAAGUGUUAUCUAUGAGAGCAUUACAUUUUAAUUUGUAACUUACAGUAGAUGUUAGUAUUGCUUGUCAGGUCUGGAAGGACACCAUCUUUCAGGUUGGGGAACUACUACUAUCAUCGUCUUCUGCUGCCCCACACAGGAAAAGCAUCCUUCAAAGCUCCCUGCAGUAUCACAUUUUGAUGACCGAAGAAGAGACAGAUGGGAUUUAACUUGUAAACAACACACUGUACAACUAGCCUUCUGAUGCCAUCUGUAUAAGCAAAUACAUAUGAAAACAACUAAACCAAAAUGCCGGAUAUGAUGAAAGUAUCCUGUUUAAGCUGAGAAUCUCCCCAAAACAACGGUUUUUAGUUAGUCUACUCUAAAACACACACAUAGUUAGAAAGGCAAGCUUUUUCAACAAUGUUGUCGUUCUGAGAGAUGUGGUACAGCACCUGUCAUAUUUCUGGGUCAUCUGCACCAUAUGGCAUACUGAGCACCCCCAUGCAAAUGAUUCUCAAACCGAAGGGAUUUUAAUGCACAUAAAAAAGGAAGGAAAUGCUACUUAUCCCUCCAGAAAAAGAAAGUUAGAGCCAGAUUGCUUAGGUGGUUUGAUUUCUUGUUUGACUCAACCAAUGCUUUGUUACAUUAUUUCAGUCCAGACGAGUAACAUCACAAUGCCCACUCUGUUUUUCUGUCCUGUAUAUUCCUGUUGAGUUAAUUAAAUGAGUUGUUGUAUUGUU